AUGAAUAUUGAACUAUUUCUUCCUUAUGAAAAGGACGGUAGCAUUGUUAAUCAGGAAGUACGUAUGUUCGUUGAAAGAUCGAUACGUUCAGGUUGGGAUGGUGUCGUUUUAACUACAAAUGUUCGCACAAUGAAAAAUGUUCCUCCACCCCCUGAACCAGUACAAAUAUCAGCAGAAGCAGAAGCGAUAAUACAACGUAGGCAUUCACUCUUUUGCUUAUCAGAUUAUCCAACUUUUCCACAAUUUACUCGUUUAAAUCUCGAAACAGAUAGUGUCGAUGAAGUUCAUGCAUUCAUGCGUCAAAUGCCAUCAUUGGGAUAUAGUUUAUACUCAGUAACACCAUUAAAUGAACAAAUUUUCAAAAUGGCUUGCCAAACAAUGGAUAUUGAUAUUAUUUCUCUAGAUUUACCAGCUUAUAUGCCAAAAAAGAAAUGGAAAGAUCUUAAAGGCGCAGUAAAUCGUGGAAUUGCUGUUGAAAUAAGAUAUUCACAAUUUUUAAAGUCUCUGCAAAUGCGACAAGAUUUAAUAAGUGCGGCCAAAUCCUUAACAUUUGUUCUAAGGAGAAGGAACAUUCUGUUAAGUCAUGGCUGCCUUGAUACAGAUUUAGUCAGAUCUCCCUCAGAUGUACAUAAUAUUGCAGCUCUACUCAAUAUUAAACACCCAGAAAAUAUUACGAAUUCAAUACCUAAAAAAGUUCUCUCGAAAGGACUUUCUAGAAACACUUUCUCUGGUAUUGCAAGAGCAAUGAAACCAAUUGAAGAAAGUUCAACUGAUGAAGAAGAUGACUUCAUACCUAUUACUAUUCAAACAAUUUAA